GGUCCAAUUGAACCCUACAAAGGCGACUACUAUCUCUGGAAAUACGUCCCCAACCUCGGUGCCGCUGUGGUCUUCCUCCUCAUCUUCGCCGUCUUGACAGCCAUGCACACCUACCGUCUCAUCAAGACGCGGACCUGGUUCUGUCUCCCGUUUGCCGCAGGCGGCAUCUUUGAACUCUACGGCUACGGCGGCCGCAUCGGCGCCCACAAGAACACCGCCUCCCUAUUUUCCUACGCCCUCGCCAACGACGGCCUCCUCCUGGCACCCGCCCUCUUCGCCGCCUCGGUCUACGUGACCCUGGGCCGGGUGAUACGCGCCCUGCACGCCCAGAAGCUCUCCCACCUGCCGCUGAUCUGGGUCACCCGGGCGUUCGUGAUCGGGGACGUCCUCUCGUUUGCGGUGCAGGGCUCCUCGGUGGGUCUCAGCGUGACGGGCCACACGGCCGGCGCAAAAGCCGUGGUGCUGCUGGGGUUGUUCAUCCAGCUCCUCUCGUUCGGCAUCUUCGGGGCCACUGCGGUGGUGUUCUACCGGCGCAUC